AUGCAGCCCGUCAACUUCAACCACGCCUCCUGCCCAAAGUGCUCCGCCACCAUUACCUCCGGCACAAAGACCUGCCAGAGCUGCGGUGCCGUACGUUACCCUCCUCCCCUUCCCCAUCGUCUCUUUACAUCUUCAUCUCGAUUUUUGCCAUGUCACGUUAUCAGCAACUGA